GCUCCCGCCCCUCCAUUCCCCUCGCCGCCGCGCCGCCCGCGGCCUCUGGCGGGCGGGACCUGGGAUCUACAGCCCGGCCCGAGUGCUCGGCCGCGGGGAGGUGGCCACAACUUCCCCAGUCCACCUUAAGACGAGGAUGUGACCAGCCCGCGGCGCUGACCUUACGAAAACAAGUUUGCGCAAAGUGGAGCGGGGGCCGGCGUCCGGGCAGCCCAGGCAGCGCUUCCUCGCCUCGCAGCCACCCGGCGGCGCAGCCGCGGCCCAUGGAGUCCGCCGGCUCGGCCCCCGGCCGUCUCGGGCCGCUGCUCUACCUGCUGCUCGCCGCGUCUUGUGCCUGGCCAGGAGCAGCCGGAGAGGAGACUCUAAAGGUGAUUCAGCCUGGGGAGCCGGUGUUGGUUCCUGCUGGAGGGAAUGCCACUCUGGACUGCACUGUGACCUCCCUGCUCCCUGUGGGGCCCAUCCUGUGGUACAGGGGAAAAGGACAAGGCCGAGUGUUAAUCUACAAUUUCAAAAACCAUUUCCCCCGAGUCACAAAUGUGUCAGACACCACACAGAGAAACAACAGGGACUUUUCCAUCCGCAUCAGUAACGUCACGCCACAAGAUGCCGGCACCUACUACUGUGUGAAGUUCCAGAAAACAGCCUCGGAGAACGAGGAGAUUCAGUCUGGAGGAGGAACCAAGUUGUCUGUGCGUGCCAGACCCUCUCCCCCUGUGGUGUCGGGCCCUGUGACGAGGGCCACAUCUGGACAGACAGUGAGCUUCACCUGCAAGUCCCAUGGCUUCUCCCCCCGAGAUAUCAAACUGAAGUGGUUCAAAAAUGGGAAUGAACUCUCUGGCUUCAAUACCAGCGUGGAUCCCGCGGGAGAAAGCGUCUCCUACAGCAUCUCUAGCACAGCCAAGGUGGAGCUGGCCCCUGGGGACGUUCGCUCACAGGUCAUCUGUGAGGUGGAACAUAUCACCUUGCAGAAUGUCCUUCGUGGGAUUGCCAACUUAUCAGCCAGCAUCCGAGUUCUGCCCACUGUGGAGGUCACCCAGCAGCCCACAAUGACAGAGAACCAGGUGAACGUCACCUGCCAGGUGAAGGCGUUCUACCCCCAAAGACCCCUGAACCUGACCUGGCUGGAGAAUGGAAAUGUGUCCCGGACAGAAACGUCCUCGAAUGUCACCGAGAACAAGGAUGGGACCUACGACUGGACAAGCUGGACCUUGGUGAAUUCGUCGGCUCACAGGGAGAACACAGUGCUCACCUGCCAGGUGGAGCACGACGGGCAGCCCGCAGUCACCAGAAACCUGACCGUGCAGGUCUCUGUCCCCCCGAAAAAGGAGGGCAUGGAUACCACCCCUGAGAAAAGUACCGAGAACUGGAACAUCUUUAUUGUGGUGGGUGUGGUAUGUGCCUUGCUGGUAGUCCUACUGAUGGCGACCCUCUACCUCCUCCGAAUCAGACAGAAGAAAGCCAAGGGAUCCACUUCCUCUACAAGGUUGCAUGAGCCCGAGAAGAAUGCCAGAGAAAUCACCCAGGUACAGUCCUUGAUCCAGGACACAAAUGACAUCAACGACAUCACAUAUGCAGAUUUGAAUCUGCCCAAGGAGAAGAAGCCUGCUCCCCGGGCCGCCGAGUCCAACAACCACACGGAGUAUGCCAGCAUUCAGACCUGCCCGCCGCCGCCCCGGCCAGAGGACACCCUCACCUACGCUGACCUGGACAUGGUCCACCUCAACCGGGCACCCAAGCCUUCCACCCCCAAGCCUGAGCCAUCCUUCUCGGAGUAUGCCAGUGUCCAGGUCCAGAGGAAGUGAGUGGGACUGUUCAGCCUCAGGCCUGUCCUCACGAGCUUUCUUGUCCCACAUGGAGGGGCCGUGAUAAGGACAGCCAGCCAGUUCUCGAUGGCCACGUGACGCAGGCCCUGGGACCAGAAGUGAGGGCGGCUCUUGUCUGCCACCCUGCUUGGCUCUUCAGCUCAUCCAGGACAGCCCUGCCCCCAACCCUGUCCCACAUCUGCAGAUCGAUGUGGCUGAACCAGCCAGGAAUGUGGCCUGGAGCCGACCAGAGCCACCUGGGGUCCAAGAACUUGUGCCACUGAUCAUCAGGCACUGUCCUGGUUGAGGUCUCGGAGACCCUGGGCUGCCUCCUCGAUGCUCUGGAGCCCGAUCUUCCAGGGUGAGGAGAUUCCACGUCCUCCUGCUUCCUCCACCCACCUGGGGCUUCGGAGAAAUUUUCCCCUUAGAUCGAACUGCUCCAUCCUUGGAGAAGCUGGAAAAACUGAGAUCUGCGUCCCAAGACAUGGCGAGGUUGCUGCCGAUGGUCCUGCCCCCCUGCCCCCACCUUGGGCCCCUCUGUGACUCCUAGGGCACUGAUCAGGCUGAUGGGGCGCUCUGUGUGGCCCUACCUCUCCUUUCCAGACCCAAGCUUGCUUCCUCCAGCUAGCACUAACUCAGCAGCAUCGCUGUGGACGCCUGUAAAUUAUCGAGAAAUGUGAACUGUGCAAUCUUGAAGCCGAGGUGUUAGAAAACUUGAUCUGUGGUGUUCUGUUUUGUUUUGUUUUGUUUUUUUCUUAAAACAAAAGCAAUGUUAUCUUGGCUCUUUGUCAUGUUUUGAAAUUCUGGUUGGGUCUUGUGAAGUCUGAGGUUUUAACGGUUUGUUGUCCUGGAGGGAUUUUCUUGCAGCAGAAGCUGAGUUUCCUCCAAGGGCCAGAACCCCGAGGAUGGGGAAGGACUGUCCCUCAGCUGUGUAGUGGGGACAGUCAUUGAGCCUUCUCUCUGGGACUCGGUUCAGCCUUCUCUCUGGGCCCAGCCACGCGGCAGGGGACUGUGGUAAGCUCCACCUGCCCACUGCUUCUCACGCCACAGCCUCGUCCAGAUCUGAUGCCUCAGUCUGCUCUUCCGUAAAGAGGGGAGAGGGACAGUGACACCCUCCCCACCGUCUCACAAGUACUUUAGGGACGUGCAGAGGGGGUGACACUGAGCUGGGCCAUUUGCCCCACCCCUGUAGCCAUCGCUCCCUUCCAGCUCUCCGAGCUGAUCUUCCAUUUCUGCUCUCAAACCCCAUUGGGAUGAAACUGGAGUAGAUCCUGGUCAUAGCCAGUACAGCUCAGCUGUGAGCCACUGCUGGUCUACCCUCUGUCCCUCUCAGGCUGGGCUGAGGCUGUGACCACAUUACCUUCUGACCCCUCCCUUCCAGUUGGGUGCAAGGGCCUGCCUCGGCCCUGGGCCAGGCAGUGCUACAACCUUGGUGGUUGGGUCUCCACCUAUAACUCACUGAGUCAAGACGCUAAUGCCGAUGACUCCAGGCUGUAGGAGGCCCGGGUGAUUCUGGGCCCAGGCUGUCCGGGCAAGAAGCUGAGCCAUCCUGCCUGUUUCUGCAGGUGUAGCGGAGGAACUUUAGGAGCUCGGCAGAGACCAGCUCUGUGGCCGUUGACUUGGUGUUGUACACGAUGGCAUGCAGGAAUAUGCCGAGCCAACAGGCCAUGUGGGCAGCAUUGGCUGAACAAGCCAGGGCUCCUCGACGGCAUCUGGGAGCUGCAGUGCCCCGGCCACCUGCCCAAGCUGUUUCCCAGUUUCAAAGGGUUGGCUUGCAAACCUUCACCUCCCUCUGCUGCUCAGAGAGAGCACAUGCGUGUGUGCAAGUGUGUGUGUGUCCAGGCACACAUACACAGUAUUUUAAAAGAAUGUUUUCUUGAUGCCAUUUCAGUUUUGUUUUCUUUUGAUGGGGGGUGCGGGUAAGGGAAUGAGGCCAGUGAGGCAGGCGUGUGGCUUUAGCCUUGGCUGGGCAGCCUGGAGUGUCUUCAUGCCAUGUGUAUGGAGCCCCAGGAAACGGAAGAGGUUGAAAGAACCCUGCGGAAGGAGUGUGGUUUCAGGAGUUUAUUUUCAGACCGUUGGGAAGGAAACAGGCCCCAUUUUGUAUAUAGUUGCAACUUAAACUUUUUGGCUUGCAAAAUAUUUUUGUAAUAAAGAUUUCUGGGUAACAAUGAUA